UAUUUGUGUGUUCUCUAAGCUUCUAGGGUUGCCCAGCUUACGAAGUCAGAUUUCUUUGAAAAAAAUGUCUUAUCUCUGUGUGUUUCCUCUUUUUCUGCUGUUCUUCUUGCUUGUUUUAUGCCAUUCUCCGCCUAUAUCUGCUUCUUAUGAUGGGCAGGAGCGACAAGUAGAAGCAAUCGCGGCGUUUAAAUCUGCCAUAACUUAUGACCCUAACAAUAUUUUAGCCAGUUGGGCUCCAGAUAUCCCAUUCUGCAACUGGACUGGAAUUUCAUGCAGACCUCAUACUCAAAGACUGGUUAGGCUAAGUCUCUCAGGAAUAAGUUUAGAAGGAUCAAUUUCCCCUUUUCUUGGCAACCUAUCCUUUCUUCAUUUCAUAGAUCUGUCACAGAACGCUCUUAGAGGUCCCAUUCCGUCUGAGUUAGGACGCCUUUUUCGCCUCAAGGAGCUUUACUUGGAUAGCAAUAGAUUGGAAGGAAGCAUACCAGCAACUCUGGGCCAUUGCAACAAGCUGACUAUGCUGGCUUUUACAAAUAACAAUUUAGGAGGAAACAUCCCUCGAGAGGUAGGAUUCCUUUCUCGUUUGCAGUACCUUUACCUUGGCGGCAACUUUCUCUCAGGAUCCAUUCCUUCUUCCUUAGGAAACCUUUCAUCCUUGAUUCACUUUUCUCUUCCGGGAAACAAUCUAACAGGCUCCGUUCCUGUUGAAUUGGGUAUGUUAACUCAAUCAGAGCAGCUCUGGAUUUGGGCAAAUGAAUUGUCUGGCACUAUUCCUGCUUCCCUGUCAAACAUAUCUACUCUGACUGACUUGGAUGUUUCUAUAAACAGACUCACAGGGAGAGUUCCAACAGAACUGGGCCAGCUAAGCCACCUACAGAUUCUUUACCUUAAUCUAAACAGUUUGUCGGGCACCAUUCCCAACGCUUUGUCAAAUAUCUCUUCAUUGACUGACCUGGAUAUUGCAGGAAACAAUCUCAGUGGGGCUAUCCCAGAGAAAUGGAGUGGCCACCUGGUAACUUUUUUAUUUGACGAAAAUGAACUGGCAGGCAACAUUCCCGUUUCGUUGUCCAACCUCUCGACCCUUGAGCAGUUGUCAAUAUCCGGAAACAGGCUCACUGGUUUCAUUCCACAAGAAUUGGGGCGACUCGCCCACAUGAAAAAGCUUCAGCUUCAAGGAAAUCAACUGAGUGGACCAGUGCCUUCUUCCUUAUCCAACUGCUCAGUUCUCCAAGAAUUAAGUUUGUCCGAAAAUGAGUUGACAGGGGCCAUUCCGGGGGAGUAUUGUAAGCUCGUUAAUUUGAGUGCCCUAGGCUUAUGGGGAAACCAGCUCAGUGGAAUAAUACCAAAUUCAAUAGGAAAUUGUUCCAACCUUGAACAGCUGCUUCUAUCAGGGAACAAGCUCAGUGGGAUUGUGCCAGACUUGCUUGGAAAAUUGUCUCUACUGAAAAAAUUGACUUUGUCCUCAAAUUUUUUUGUUAGCGGCAGCAAUACCACCAUACCCUUUCUUAUUAGUCUCAGUAAUUGCUCUUUCUUAGAGAUACUAACAUUUGGGAACAAUAAAUUUAGUGGUGUUUUGCCCCAUACCUUAGGGCUGCUUUCACCUAAAUUGUCUACUCUAGAUUUAAAGGACAACAGCAUAACAGGGCGCAUACCUCCUGAGAUUAACAACCUUACCAAUAUAGCCUUGAUAGAUUUCCAGAAUAACUUUUUCCAAGGCAGAAUUCCAUCAUUGAAAAGAUUAAAAAAUUUGGAAAGAUUGUAUUUGCAUGGCAACAGUUUAGAAGGAAGUAUUCCCAUUGACUUCGGACAGCUGAAACAUCUUGGCCUCUUGGAUAUGAGCAACAACAUGCUCUCCGGGGAAAUCCCAGGCAGGUAUCUUUGUCACCUCCAGCAGCUGCGAAGGCUUUCUCUUCAUGAUAAUCGGUUAUCAGGAAACAUACCUACCAGCUUAGGGGACUGCAAGAAUUUAGAACUUCUUGACUUGUCUCAUAAUAAGCUAAAGGGGAAGAUACCACGAGAAGUUGCCAGUCUUUCUAACCUGCAUUUCUAUCUGAAUUUGUCGUGGAAUUUAUUAGAAGGCCCCUUGCCUGCAGAGAUCAGUAAAUUAGUACUUGUACUCGCUAUAGACAUCUCUUCCAAUCACUUGAGUGGGCCGAUUCCAGCAGCGAUAGCAAGUUGUUCUGCACUAGAAUCAUUGAAUUUAUCUGGAAAUACAAUGGAAGGUCCCCUUCCGCUUUCAAUGGGAAAACUGCAAAAUCUUGUGGAGCUGGAUCUCUCUUCCAACUCUCUGUCUGGUACAAUACCAGUAACUCUCAAAAAUCUAAAAGUGCUUCAUUAUGUGAAUUUAUCUUUCAACUAUCUUACAGGGGAGGUCCCUAAAGAAGCUUUUGGACAUGGGAAUAUUGUUGUAUCCUUGGAUGGAAAUCCUGGCCUGUGCGGAGCAGAGCUAUUGUCAUUGCCUGCGUGUCCAAAACAAAGAGGCCAUUCUGCAUUCUUGAAGAAGGUUCUAUUACCAAUUUUUGUGGUAAUUGCUUUUAUUCUACUCUGCCUACUCUUGGUUUUCUUGUGGUCACGUCAUUUGCGUAGACACAGAUUCAACUCAACAGAGGCCUUUCUCCAAAGACUAGACCACAGAAAGAUUUCAUAUGAAGAGCUUGCAGCAGCAACUGGAGGAUUCAAUGAUGCCAAUCUGUUGGGGACAGGUAGUUUUGGAUCAGUAUAUAAAGGGAUUCUUAUUGAUGGCACAUUCAUUGCUGUCAAGGUUCUCAAUUUGCAAGCUGAACAAGUCCAUAGCAGUUUCAAAGCGGAGUGCAAUGUACUCAAAAAGGUUCGGCAUCGGAAUCUUGUUAGAAUCAUAACCUCCUGCUCAAACCCCGAAUUUAAAGGUUUGGUUUAUGAAUUUAUGCCCAAUGGAAGCCUGGAAAAUAAUUUGUACCCUGAGAGAGAGGACGGGGAGGAUGAAGUUUGUGAAUUGGGGUUGAAGACAAGGUUACACAUAGCCACAGAUGUGGCACUUGCCAUGGAAUAUCUUCAUCAUGAUUCUUCAUUCAAAGUUGUGCACUGUGAUUUGAAACCUAGCAAUGUCCUUUUGGAUGAAGACAUGACAGGUCAUGUAACAGACUUUGGUAUUGCUAGGUUAACAGGGGUGACUUCCACUGAUUCUCUUACUUCAACAUUGUCUUUGAAGGGGUCCAUUGGCUACAUUCCACCAGAGUAUGGAUUGGUGGGUAGAGUUUCUACCAAGGGAGAUGUUUAUAGCUUUGGCAUUUUGUUACUAGAAAUGCUGACAAGAAAGAGGCCAACUAAUGAAAUGUUCGCGGGAGACCUAAACCUACACAAGUGGGUAAAUUCUGCAUUUCCAGAUAGAGUGUCAGAUGUAAUUGACGCUGCCCUGUUAAAGGAGGUAGAUGAUAAUGAAGCGGAAGAAAAUGAUAUCUCCAAAUAUCUGAUUCCAUUGCUCCAUAUUGGUUUGUCAUGUUCAAGAGAUUCCGUAGACGAGCGCCCAACUAUGAGAGAAGUGACGAGGAUGUUGCAGAAUAUUAUAGAGACUUUGGAAGGAUCCCAUACGCUGAGACCAAGUAUGUCCACUUUGCUUCGCAGUACAAGUAGAAGAAGAGCCGAUGAAUGCGCAUCAGAGGAUUACAGUUCUACGUUCUAGUUUGGUUCAUUUACAACAGAAAAUGAGGAACAUAAAGGCAUACAAUACCACUUCCGCAAUGGGAAAAUCAGUGGUGCCUUCUGGAAUCGGCUCAGGGACUAUCUAAGGACAGCAACAGAUUUGGGCCCAACAGGGCAGUUAAAUUCCAAACUGAUAGCAUGGAAUAGGGGUUAAAUAAUCUGGGGAAGUUUAUAUCAAGGGAGGAUCAACGAAUUGGGUUUUGCCACAAUGACUUACAGUAGGGAAACAUAAUGAUUGAUCAACAAGACAAAUCUUUGACUAUAAUUGUGAGUAUUCUACACCUGAAAAUGCAUAACAACUUUUGACUUAUUAGUUAGCUUCCAUUGUGCAUGUUAAAAAGGUGGAAGAGGGGGUGUCACAUUGUCAUUUGUUAGAUAAGAUGUAUUGUCUAUUAUGAUUCUUUUACAUGCAUGUAGGUGAUCUGUAAUUAUUUGUAGAUUACAAAUAUUCAUAUGGUCUAAAUGUUAGGCAAUGGAUUCAAAAGGAAUGUUUAUUGACUGAUGUUCUAGAAAGCAACAAACUUUUUCAGUUAAGAAUAGGGAAAAACUGAACGAUUAGCAGUAUGGUCAAUGUAAUUCGAGAGGAUAGUGUCUUUAACGGUGCUACUCAUGAUUUGACUUUCAAAUAUUCAGUCAAGACUGAGAUUAUCAGAUAAUUUAUAUACAUGUAGGUGGGGUACAUCGUGAAUGAUUAGUAGCUAUAGUCUGAAUGUUGUGCAGUGGUCCCUAACAUCUGUGAAUUGGAAAUGGAACCAAUAGUUACUCUCACUCUUGUCAGAGAGAAAGCUACAACAUUUUUACAAUUUAGAGCAGGACAACAGGUGAAGUAUAAGUGAUUGAGUUGCAUGUUAUUUGCGAGUAUAGUGUUAAACAAUUAUUGCAGAGUUUUGCAAUUAGGGUAGGUCCCCAUGCGGCUGCUUAGCUUAUUUUGGCGAGCAGCCGCUGCUCAAAUUUUUUAGCAGCAAUUUGUGGAGCUGGUGGCCCCAUGAAAGUUAAAUUUUGCUGCUUAUUAAAACAAGCAGUUAUUUUAAAUUAUAUUUUUAAUAUAAUCUUUAAUAAUAAUAAAUUUUCACAUAAAUUUUAAAGAAAGAAAUGGAAACAUAAAAGAGGGAAAGAAAAUUGUGGAGCCACUUGUUAUUUUUCUCAAUAAGCAGUUGCUGCUUAUUUUCAGCCCCUUUUUUUUCAAAGCUUAUUUCUAAGUUUUAAGCAGUGGCUGCUACACGAAAAUAGGAAAAGAUUCUAAUUUAUCCUUUACCCUUAAUUGAAAAUUUUCAUGUGGACACUCCAAUUGCUUAAUUUUAAGCAGAUUUUACAUUUAAGCAGCAGCAUGGAGACAUGGGGGGACAUGGAGUUAGUAGCUAAGAUAUCUAAAACUGCUCCCACAUUUUAUUGGUGUUUUGAAGGUUUCUAUAUUAUGUGUUCAAUUUAAUGCAGGAUUAUGAAUAUGCAAGCUAUAAUCCAGUGGCUUUUGACUUAGCUAACCAUUUAUGUGAGAUGGCUGCAAAUUAUCAUACUGACACUCCUCAUUUACUGGAAUAUAGCAAGUACCUGGGUAUUUUCUCAAACAUUAAAUUCAUUUUAAAUUUAAACAUAUUCCGAUGACAUACUGAAUAGGCCAUUGGUUUAAGAAAGGUGCGUGUUAAUGUAAAUUACUUAGUUUCAAUGAUGGCACGUUUUGAACUUCAACAGAUUUUGAAGAGUGAAAAAGAUUUGUGAGGGCAUAUUUAAGCUCAUAUGUUAGGUGAAGAACUGAGUAACUCAGAAGUUGAACAGCUUCUGGAAGAUGCUAUGAUUUAUGUUCUUGCAAGUCACAUAAUUUGGGGCCUAUGGGGCAUAAUUUUGGCUCAUGUGAAUGACAUUGAUUUUGAUUAUAUAGAUUAUGUAAGACAGAGGUUUCAUUAAUACAAUUUAUUGAAGUGUUCGCAAUUAAUGUUUGAACUUCCAAACUUUUCUCAGAAGGGAAUUAUGCCAGAGAUCUCAGCAGUGCUGCUUAUAAAGGAAUAUGAAGUUUGAAUGUUUAAUCUGCCUGAUUUGCAGCAUAGAGCUAAUAUCUGUACAUUAUUAGACCGGUGGCUUGGUACAUCUAAAAUCCAAAUUAUGAUAGGAUUUGUCAACUAUUUUGUAUCAUUUAUAUUAGCACUAUGAAAAUAUAAUCAUGUAUAUUAUUGUAUAUGUGGAAAUGUCAGUUCUAGGCAUACAUGCAGUUCUGGAUUACGCAGCACUGUUUACAUAAAAGUAAUACUAUGCUUAACUUUAUGUAAAA